AUGUUGAAUAUGGGAAAACUUCAUGGGGACAAAGGUGGUCUUGGAUUUAAUCACUUUGGUUCUAGUUUGUCUAGUUCUACCACUAAGUUUGUCAAAUCAGAAAAUCCAGUCACGAUUCCUCUUGAUGUUCAGCAGGUUGUCAAGAAACCUAAGUUUGUUCCAACUUGUCACAGGUGUGGGUUGACUGGUCAUAUUCGACCAGUCUGUCAUAUGUAUAGCAAAGAUAAGACCAGAAAAUUGUCUCCAAAAUCUAAAAGGAAUCCCAGAUCUUUGCAAGAUCAAGUUGAUCAUUUGCUGAAUGAGGUCACUAAGAUAGCCAAACUUGUCUCCCUCAAAAUGAGUUCCCCUAUUGUGCCUAAGUCUACUUGGAUUGCAAGAGGUCAUACCAAAUCUCUUGUUGUGCUAAAUGCUUUUGCUGCUUCAAAUAUCAACUCUUGGUAUUUUGAUAGUGGUUGUUCCAAACAUAUGUCUGGAGAUAAAAAUGUUUUCUCAUCUCUCAGCCCCUUUGAUGGAGGCACUGUGACUUUUGGUGGAGGUCAUAGAUCUCAAGUUGUUGGAAAAGGUACUGUUUGUAUCCCUGGUCUGCCCGAGCUUAAGAAUGUUAGAUUUGUUGAGGGUCUCACAUCCAAUCUCAUUAGUGUGAGUCAGCUGUGUGAUGAUGGAAUAGUAGAAGUCAGAUUCUCCAAGCAUGGCUGCAAAAUCAUUGGAAAAGGUGGAAAUGAGAUUGUGAGCGUGGCAAGGUCUAGGGACAAUUGCUUCUGCAUUGAUGGUGUCAACGAUGCAAAAGAAAUAGUUUGCAACAAGGUUGUAAAUGAAACAAGUAUUUUGUGGCAUCAAAGGCUUGGACAUGUUAAUUUUAGAGACUUGCAUAAGUUGUCCAAGAGAGAGCUAGUAAGUGGCUUACCAAAGCUGGAAAAAUCUGAUGAGCAUGUUUGUGAAGGAUGUCAAUUAGGCAAACAGGUCAGAGUGUCACACAAAAAGGUCAAACACAUUCAAACAAAUGUAAUUCUAGAACUUGUUCACAUGGACCUUGUUGGUCCUAUUCAAACCGUGUCCCUUGGUGGAAAGAAAUAUAUUCUUGUCAUGGUUGAUGAUUUCUCUAGGUUUACUUGGGUCUCAUUUCUACGUGAAAAAUCUGAAACUUUUCAAAGGUUUAAGUCUGUUUGUCAUCUUUUGCAAAAAGAGAAGAUGACUAGUCAUCUGCCUCUUGUUAGAAUUAGAACAGACCAUGGCUCUGAAUUUGAGAAUUCUCAGUUUCUGAAAUUUUGCGAAGAGAUGGGAAUUAAACAUGAGUUCUCUGCACCUAUUACACCUCAGCAAAAUGGUGUUGUGGAGAGAAAGAAUAGAGUGCUUGUAGAGAUGGCAAGGGUGAUGCUAAAUAGCAAAAAUCUUGCUAAACACUUUUGGGCUGAAGCUGUCAAUACAGCUUGUUACAUCUCAAACAGGGUAUUUGUGAGGUCUGGUACCAAACAAACUCCCUAUGAGAUUUGGAAAGGAAAGAAGCCUAAUGUGUCAUAUUUUAAGGUCUUUGGUAGCACAUGCUAUAUUUUGAGAGAUAGGGAGCAUCUUGCUAAGUUUGAUUCUAAGUGUGAUAAGGGAAUCUUUCUAGGAUAUUCCACUUCUAGCCGAGCCUAUAGAGUGUACAAUUGUAGGUCCAGAACCAUCAUUGAAUCCAUAAAUGUCACUAUUGAUGAUUUUGCUGCCUCUAUAGAGAUGGCAUUAGAUGAGGAUGGUCUUUUUCCUCCUCCUUCACUUGUGCAAGAAUCUCCAGGUCUGGAUCUUGUGGUUGACCUGUCAACUUUUGAAAAUUCUGUCCCGGUUGACCUGUCAACCCCUUCAACUUCUAGUUCCAUCUCCUCUGUCCAGGCUGACAGCUCUCAUACUGAUCAUAGUUCUCUCACUCCAUCUGCGAGUGUCAUUAUUGGCCCUCUUAAUCAAGGAGUGAGAACUAGGAAACAACUUGCUCAAGAAAUUAGCCAUGUGUGUUAUGUUUCCAAGGAAGAGCCUAGAAAUGUGAAAGAAGCCUUGCACCAUGGUGAAUGGUUUCUUGCAAUGCAGGAAGAAUUAAAUCAAUUUGUGAGAAAUGAUGUUUGGUACCUUGUUCCAAGACCAGUCCACACUAAUGUCAUAGGCACUAAGUGGAUUUUCAAGAAUAAAACCGAUGAACAAGGUAAUGUGGUGAGAAAUAAGGCUAGAUUGGUUGCUCAAGGAUACACUCAAAUGGAAGGCAUUGACUUUGAUGAAACUUUUGCCCCUGUUGCACGAUUAGAAUCAGUUAGAUUGCUUCUUGCCAUUGCUUGUCAUUUGAAAUUUAAACUUUAUCAAAUGGAUGUCAAAACUGCUUUUUUAAAUGGUGUCCUAAAUGAAGAGGUCUAUGUUGAGCAGCCAAAGGGUUUUGAAGAUCCACAUCAUCCAAAUGAUGUGUUUCGUUUAAAAAAGGCUCUCUAUGGUUUAAAACAAGCUCCUAGAGCAUGGUAUGAGAGGUUAUCCUCUCAUCUUCUAGGAAAUGGGUAUGUUCGAGGGUCCGUUGAUAAAACAUUGUUUGUGAAAAGGUUUAAAAAGGAUGUCUUGAUUGCUCAAGUGUAUGUUGAUGAUAUUGUGGUUGGUUCUACAUCUGAUUUGCAUGUUCAAGAUUUUAUUCAUGUCAUGACUAGUGAAUUUGAAAUGAGUCUUGUCGGUGAGCUUAAUUAUUUCUUAGGUCUCCAAAUUAAACAGAGCCAUGAUGGGAUCUUUGUAUCCCAAUCUAAAUAUGCAAAAAAUCUUGUGACAAAAUUUGGUUUGGAAGGAGCCAAAUCUGCAAGAACCCCAAUGAGCACUAGUGCUAAGAUUCAUAGAGACUUGCAUGGCAAAAGUGUGGAUCAAACUCUCUAUAGAAGCAUGAUAGGAAGUCUUCUCUACUUGACUGCUAGUAGACCUGACAUUUCUUUUAGUGUUGGUGUAUGUGCUCGGUUUCAAAGUGACCCAAAAGAGUCUCACUUGUUUGCUGUUAAGAGAAUUAUAAAAUAUGUGAGUGGGACUAGUGAAUUUGGGUUGUGGUAUACCUAUGACACUUGUGUCAAUCUUGUUGGGUAUAGUGAUGCCGAUUGGGCAGGUUGUAGUGAUGAUAGGAAAAGCACUUCCGGGGGGGUUUUCUAUGUAGGCAACAAUCUUGUUGCUUGGCAUAGCAAAAAACAGAAUUCUGUCUCCUUAUCCACUGCUGAAGCAGAGUAUGUUGCCGCUGGGAGUUGUUGUACUCAACUCCUUUGGAUGCGACAAAUGUUGGAAGACUAUGGUCUUGCUCAAUCAUGUUUUCUAAUCUAUUGUGACAACAUGAGUGCCAUAGAUAUUUCAAAAAAUCCUGUUCAACACUCUAGGACUAAGCAUAUCGACAUUCGGCACCAUUUUAUUAGAGACCUUGUGGAAGACAAAAUUUUAACUUUGGAAUUUGUUCCCUCUGAAAAACAGCUAGCAGAUAUACUCACCAAGGCCUUGGACUUUCAGAAACAUGGUACACUAAGGCAAUCCAUUGGCCUUUGUUCCAUUGAUUGA